UUCGCAUGGCUCCUGGUUUGCCAUCUGUCGAGGUCGGAUAGCUUCUUACAACGGCAGCAGCGGCUCUGUAGCCUGCCAGCUUGCUGAGGGACGCACGCAAGAAGCUUACUUACAUAGAGACUAUGUGUUCCCGCCGCUCCCACCCGGCCUCAAUUUACGCAUUGGCUUAGACUUGGAAUUUGAGCUUCACUAUCCAGACAGCGGCGCCGCACCAUACACGUACAACGUUCGCGUGCUCAACCCGUUGCCAUGGGAUCCAGUCCAUCCCUACAACAACACGGCGCCGAUGGUGCCGGUAUCCGCGGCACCGGGUCAGGGUAUGCAAAGGCCGAUAGCCCGGACGCCGUGGCAAGGUCCGAUGCCAAGCUUGCCAGGCACCAAGGUAACGGGCGCAGCUUCCUCGGCCAGCAAUGGCGCCGCACGCAUUGUUGAGCCCCUCAACCGCGUAGCUGCUCCUAGCGGUGCGGCCAACCAUCAAUGGUCCAACUUCCGACGUGCAGACGAGCAGCCCGCCCAGGCGUCCCAGUCACAAUGGACGAGCGCUCCGCUGCGUGCGACCGUGCAACCGCAAGGCACUACCAGCGGUCCCAUAUGGCCGGCCCAGGCUGCGGUUACCGGUGUGAGCCUGCCACCCCCAAGACAACUCAACUCCCUGCCAUCACUGCCGGAGUCCCCGAAAGCCGCCAAGGUGGCAUCCGCUGCAACGGUGAAGUCAGCAUCCGCCCCUCAACCUGUAGGCGGCCUGGCACCUGCUACGGACGGCAGGGUCGCGCCCCCUUUGCAGGGAAACAGCGGUGCCAGCACUUGCGAGCAGCACGCCAGGGUUGUGGCAACGGCGGGGGCUUCUGUUGCCGCUCCCGCCGCGCAAGGAGCCCUUACGUUUCGCGGCUGGUGGCCCCCGGCCUCUAUCUGGCCCAUCUCCAAGGCUCAAACAGUAACGCCACAGAUGCAGUCAUUGCCUGGUCAACCACCUCUGCCGAAAGACCCUCCGCCGCCACCAUCGCCGCUGCAGCCACCACUGCCAGCUUGUCCGCCACCGCCGGGGACGUCCAUGCGGGUCCCUAAACUGCCUGGCGCCGAGGCGUCCAACGUCACGGCCCCGACGCAGCCUGCUGGUAGCGCGAGCGGAACCCAACGACUGCCACCACCGCCGCCGCUACCGCAACCCUCACAACCCCUACCGCCACCGCCGCCGCUACCGCAAUCCUCACAGACCCUGCCGCCACCGCCGCCGCUACCGCAACCUACACAACCGUUGCCACCGCCGCCGCCGCUGCCAUUAGCCCCACAGCCGCAGCCGGCGUCAGUGACACAGAGUGCUUG